CCACCUCACAUUCCGGCAGGUUGGACGCGACAAGUACGAGCCCGCAGCCAUGUCCGAGCACGGCAACAAGAAGAAGAUGAAGAAGGAGAGGGACAUGGAUGAGCUGAAGAAGGAAGUGUCCAUGGAUGACCACAAACUCAGCCUAGAUGAACUUCAUCGCAAGUAUGGAACAGACCUGACCCGAGGCUUAUCAACUGCUCGUGCAGCCGAGAUCCUCGCCCGAGACGGUCCCAACGCCCUUACUCCGCCUCCCACCACCCCCGAGUGGAUCAAAUUCUGUCGGCAACUGUUUGGGGGCUUCUCCAUGCUGCUGUGGAUUGGAGCGAUUCUCUGUUUCUUGGCUUACAGUAUCCAGGCUGCCACAGAAGAGGAUCCUCAGAAUGAUAACCUGUAUCUCGGUGUGGUGCUGUCUGCUGUCGUCAUCAUAACUGGCUGCUUCUCUUACUAUCAAGAGGCUAAAAGUUCCAAGAUCAUGGAAUCCUUCAAAAACAUGGUUCCUCAGCAAGCCCUGGUCAUUCGAAAUGGCGAAAAGCUGAGCAUCAACGCAGAGGAAGUCGUCGUCGGGGACCUGGUGGAAGUGAAAGGCGGGGACCGGAUCCCCGCUGAUCUCCGGAUCAUCUCUGCAAACGGCUGUAAGGUGGACAACUCCUCCCUCACCGGUGAAUCGGAACCCCAGACCAGGUCUCCAGACUUCACUCAUGAAAACCCCCUGGAGACGAGGAACAUUGCCUUUUUCUCUACCAACUGCGUGGAAGGCACUGCGCGCGGGAUUGUGGUGUACACCGGGGACCGCACCGUGAUGGGGAGAAUCGCCACGCUGGCUUCCGGGCUGGAAGGGGGCCAGACGCCCAUUGCUGCAGAAAUCGAGCACUUCAUCCACCUCAUCACGGGCGUGGCUGUGUUCCUGGGUGUGUCCUUCUUCAUCCUGUCCCUCAUCCUGGAGUACACCUGGCUGGAGGCCGUCAUCUUCCUCAUCGGCAUCAUUGUCGCCAAUGUGCCAGAAGGGCUGCUGGCUACUGUCACGGUGUGCCUGACCCUCACCGCCAAGCGCAUGGCCAGGAAAAACUGCUUGGUGAAGAACCUGGAAGCGGUGGAGACCUUGGGCUCCACGUCCACUAUCUGCUCGGAUAAAACUGGAACUCUCACUCAGAACCGGAUGACAGUGGCCCACAUGUGGUUUGACAAUCAAAUCCACGAAGCGGACACCACAGAGAACCAGAGCGGUGUCUCUUUUGACAAAACUUCAGCCACCUGGAUUGCCCUGUCCAGAAUCGCAGGUCUCUGUAACCGGGCCGUGUUCCAGGCAAACCAGGACAAUCUGCCUAUUCUUAAGCGGGCUGUGGCCGGGGACGCCUCUGAGUCUGCGCUGCUGAAAUGCAUCGAGGUGUGCUGUGGCUCCGUGAAGGAGAUGAGGGAAAGAUACACCAAGCUCGUGGAGAUCCCCUUCAACUCCACCAACAAGUACCAGUUGUCCAUCCACAAGAACCCCAACACCAACGAGCCCCGCCACCUGCUGGUGAUGAAAGGCGCCCCCGAGAGGAUCCUGGACCGCUGCAGCUCCAUCCUCCUGCAGGGCAAGGAGCAGCCCCUGGACGAGGAGCUGAAGGACGCCUUCCAGAACGCCUACCUGGAGCUGGGCGGCCUCGGGGAGCGCGUGCUCGGCUUCUGCCACCUCCUCCUGCCCGAUGAGCAGUUCCCCGAAGGCUUCCAGUUCGACACCGAUGAGAUCAACUUCCCCGUGGAUAACCUCUGCUUCGUCGGGCUCAUCUCCAUGAUCGACCCGCCUCGGGCUGCCGUCCCCGACGCCGUGGGCAAAUGCCGGAGUGCCGGGAUUAAGGUCAUCAUGGUCACUGGUGACCAUCCCAUCACAGCCAAAGCCAUCGCCAAAGGCGUGGGCAUCAUCUCAGAAGGCAACGAGACCGUUGAGGACAUCGCUGCCCGUCUCAACAUCCCAGUGAGCCAGGUGAACCCCAGAGACGCCAAGGCCUGCGUGGUCCACGGGAGUGACCUGAAGGACAUGACCGCGGAGCAGCUGGAUGACAUCCUCAAGUACCACACGGAGAUCGUGUUCGCCCGGACCUCUCCGCAGCAGAAGCUCAUCAUUGUGGAGGGCUGCCAGAGGCAGGGCGCCAUCGUGGCUGUCACCGGCGACGGUGUGAACGACUCCCCCGCCCUGAAGAAGGCGGACAUCGGGGUCGCCAUGGGGAUCGCGGGCUCCGACGUGUCCAAGCAAGCUGCUGACAUGAUCCUCCUGGAUGACAACUUUGCCUCCAUUGUGACUGGGGUGGAGGAAGGUCGUCUGAUCUUUGAUAACUUGAAGAAAUCCAUCGCCUACACCCUCACCAGCAACAUCCCGGAGAUCACCCCCUUCCUGAUAUUUAUUAUUGCAAACAUUCCACUCCCCCUGGGCACCGUCACCAUCCUCUGCAUUGACUUGGGCACAGACAUGGUUCCUGCCAUCUCCCUGGCUUACGAGCAAGCUGAGAGCGACAUCAUGAAGAGGCAGCCCAGGAACCCCAAGACGGACAAGCUUGUGAAUGAGCGUCUGAUCAGCAUGGCCUAUGGGCAGAUAGGUAUGAUCCAGGCCCUGGGUGGCUUCUUCACUUACUUCGUGAUUCUGGCCGAGAACGGCUUCCUCCCGACGGGCCUGCUGGGCAUCCGCGUAGACUGGGAUGACCGCUGGGUCAACGACGUGGAGGACAGCUACGGGCAGCAGUGGACCUACGAGCAGAGGAAGAUCGUGGAGUUCACCUGCCACACAGCCUUCUUCGUCAGCAUCGUGGUGGUGCAGUGGGCCGACUUGGUCAUCUGUAAGACCAGGAGGAACUCUGUCUUCCAGCAGGGCAUGAAGAACAAGAUCUUAAUUUUCGGCCUCUUCGAGGAGACGGCCCUGGCUGCCUUCCUGUCCUACUGCCCCGGCAUGGGCGUCGCCCUGAGGAUGUACCCCCUCAAGCCUACCUGGUGGUUCUGUGCCUUCCCCUACUCUCUCCUCAUCUUCGUGUAUGACGAAGUCAGAAAGCUGAUCAUCAGGCGGCGGCCUGGAGGCUGGGUGGAGAAGGAGACCUACUACUAGGCGCUGGCCCGGCUCGCUGGAGCACCCCGCCUCUGCACCCGCCCCCCGCCCCUCCAGUACUUCAGCCCCGGAGUUCGCAGACUCCGCCCCGGUAGGACAGCACCAAAGCAUGUGGGAAGCGAGACGUCCUGGAAUGAAGCAUGUGGCCACGGGGGGAGGGGGGUGCCUGAAACAUCGUCUGUGGGAACGACAGUGGGAAGGUUUUUACGUGCCUUUUUGUUUUUGUAAAAAGGAUACCCUGGAGAGACCGAAAGAAUACAUUUUAUAUCUGGAUUUUUACAAAUAAAGAUGGCUAUUAUAACUGA